UGUAUCAAUCAGUUUCAUUAUUCAUUUAAUUAAUAUCCUCCUACUAUUACUACUUCAUUUAUCUCUCAUUUUGCAUAUUUAUACCUUCCAGCUCAAAACCUCUUUUCAUGCAUAAAUGGCCCCUUCAACUCUAACUGCUCUGGCCCAAGAAAAAACCCUCAAUUCCAGAUUUAUUCGAGACGAAGAUGAGCGUCCUAAGGUUGCCUAUAAUCAAUUUAGCGACGAAAUUCCCGUCAUUUCUUUAGCUGGUAUCGAUGAUGAUGCCAGGAGAUCCGAGAUAUGUCGAAAAAUAGUGGAGGCUUGUGAAGACUGGGGGAUUUUCCAGGUGGUUGAUCACGGUGUUGAUACCGCCUUGAUCGCCGAAAUGACUCGUCUUGCUCGUGAAUUCUUUGCUUUGCCUGCCGAGGAGAAACUCCGGUUCGAUAUGACAGGGGGAAAGAAGGGUGGAUUUAUCGUUUCUAGUCAUCUUCAGGGUGAAGCGGUGCAAGAUUGGCGAGAGAUAGUGACUUAUUUUUCGUACCCGAUUAGAGCCCGGGACUACUCAAGAUGGCCUGAUAAGCCGGAGGGAUGGAGGUCUACCACGGGGGAGUACAGUGAGAAGCUGAUGGGUCUAGGGUGCAAGCUACUGGAAGUUUUGUCAGAGGCCAUGGGGCUUGACAAAGAGGCUAUUACAAAGGCCUGUGUGGAUAUGGAUCAGAAAGUGGUGGUGAAUUACUAUCCCAAGUGCCCUCAACCUGACUUGACACUGGGACUAAAAAGGCAUACGGAUCCUGGCACAAUUACGCUCUUGCUUCAGGAUCAGGUUGGGGGGUUACAGGCCACCAGGGAUGGUGGAAAAACCUGGAUCACUGUUCAGCCUGUGGAGGGUGCCUUUGUUGUUAAUUUGGGUGAUCAUGGUCAUUAUUUGAGCAAUGGGAGGUUCAAGAAUGCUGACCACCAAGCAGUCGUGAAUUCCAACUACAGCAGAUUGUCAAUUGCAACUUUCCAGAACCCGGCUCCUAACGCGACAGUAUAUCCAUUAAAGAUUAGGGAGGGAGAGAAGGCCGUUAUGGAGGAGCCCAUAACAUUUGCCGAGAUGUACAGGAGGAAGAUGUCGAAAGAUAUUGAGGUGGCUAAUCUCAAGAAACUGGCUAAAGAGAAACUGUUGCAGGACCAAGAGUGGGACAAGGCCAAGCUGCAGAUGAAACCCAAGAGCGCAGAUGAAAUCUUCGCUUGAUCUUAGUACCAUAUAAUUAUACGUUUUCGGGCUUAAGCUUAUUUGAAUUUGGCUUGAUUCAGUCUGUGUUGAAUUAAUAAUGUGUGUCUGUCCAUCUUAUCAUUUAUUUGUAUGGCUUGCCUAAAUCUGAUAAGGGUAAGCCUUGCCUGCUUAUGGGUGAAUUUAGUGUGUAAUGAAUAAUGAAGAUUUGAUUUA